CUGUUUUUUUCUUGAAAGGGGGAGACACCGUAGGGAGAAAUACCGGCGAAAAGAACCGGCCCUAUUUUAGUCGGUAACGGAAACCCUUCUCCACAAAGAUGAAGAAACCCAGGCUGACGCCACCGAUACCACCACCGUUACUCCCGCUGAUCCCUCAAACCCCUCAAAAAAUCUCAACAACACACCUCAAAUGGACGCCUCUGAAUCUCACCCGGUCCGAUCUCUCAUUGCCCCUCACUUUCCCUACCGGCCAGACCUUCCGCUGGAAGCAAACCGGACCUCUCCAGUUCAGCGGUUCUAUCGGUCCCCAUCUGGUCUCCCUUAAGCACCACCCGAAAAGCCGACACGUUUCCUACUGCCUCCACUACAGCACUGAUGCCUCGGCCGCCAAGCUCGCGCUCCUCGAUUUCCUCAACGCCCGCAUUUCUCUUUCUCAAAUUUGGGCAGUCUUCUCGGCAGCGGACCCGCGGUUCGCUGAUCUGGCUCUGCAUUUGCAGGGUGCUCGGGUGCUGAGGCAGGAGCCGCUCGAGUGCUUGAUUCAGUUCUUGUGUUCCUCAAAUAACAAUAUCGGGAGGAUAACUAAAAUGGUAGAUUUCGUUUCUUCUUUAGGACUUUCUUUAGGAGUCGUUGGUGAUUUCAAAUUUCACGAGUUCCCGUCUUUGGAACGCUUAUCGAUGGUGUCAGAGGAAGAACUUAGACAAGCUGGUUUUGGUUACAGGGCCAAAUAUAUAAUUGGUACUGUAGAUGCUUUACGAUCAAAACCUGAUGGAGGAAUAAAAUGGCUUCUGUCUCUUCGUAAAUUGGACCUGCAGGAAGUCAUUGAUGCUUUAUGUACUUUACCUGGUGUUGGCCCCAAGGUAGCAGCGUGCGUCGCUCUCUUCUCUCUUGAUCAACACCAAGCCAUUCCUGUUGACACGCAUGUGUGGCAGAUUGCUACAAAAUACCUCCUCCCUGAGCUUGCUGGUGCCCGCCUUACACCCAAGCUUUCUAGCUGUGUGGCAGAGGCAUUUGUGAGCAAGUAUGGGAAGUAUGCUGGCUGGGCUCAGACCUUACUUUUCAUUGCUGAAUUACCUGCACAGAAGAUGCUCCUACAAUCAUGUCCUGAAGCUAUCAAAGAGAAUAAACUUGCUGAGGGAAAGGAUGAUGAAACAAUUUGCGGUGGCUGAAAUGACAACUAUAUCCAGGUCUUUCAGAUUGGAAACCAGAUGCUCUCCUCUAUGCACCUAACUUCCUUGAUUGUUUUGACUUUUUAUGCGUCUCCUUUGAAGAGCAAGAUCCAUAUGAUGCUAUGUCUUCAAUCAUCUCAAGGAAUGGAAUCUAAAUGAUGUACCAUGUUGUCAUUUGAAUGUUUGACUGAAGGAUGAACUGCGUGGCUCUGAGAGUUGCUUCUAUCAUUUAUGAGCCAUACCCUGCACUUGCAGGUAUCCCUAUUUUUUUAAUGUAUUUCUAAAAGAUUUCUUUUCAGGGUUUCAUAUUUUAGAUUAGCUCCUUAUGUUGA